AUGUCUCCUCUGCAGCUCUCUGUUUACCUCCGUCUCUCUCUCGUCUUCGUCUUCACCUCCUUCCUUUUCUUCCUGGACAUUUUCACGGCCGCCGUGGUUCCGCUCAGCUGCGCUGGUGCCGGUGCCGGUCGCUAUGGAAACACGUCCUCCUCCGCGGCGCGCGGCACGCCGGCGGAACCGACGGACGACAACAACAACAACAACAACAACAACCAAUCACAUCCCGGUGUUGAAGACUCGGUGUGUGCGUGGACACACUGGUUGUCCUACGGACAGACGGUCUUCAUGUUUGGACAGCUGCUGGGCUCCAUGAUCGGAGGGACGCUAUCGGACAGGUAUGGGAAGCGUCCGGUGCUGCUGGUGUGUGUGUACGUGCACGCGGCGUGCGGCCUAGUCCCCGCCCUCCUCCCUCAGCCGCUCGUCUUCCUCACCAUCCGAGGUUUGACGGGAGUUUGUUGUUGCUGCAUAAACAUGUGCUCGUUUAGUCUGGCUGUGGAGUGGACUCCUCCCUCCUCUCGUCUGUGGCCUCCUGCGUUCCUGCCGUUCUGCUUCAGUGUGGGGACGAUGCUCAGUUGUCCUCUGUCCUGGUUCAGCUCCACAUGGACGAGUCUGCACCUGAUGCUGUCUCUGCCUCAGCUCGUCUGUCUGCCGCUCUUCCUUUCCAUCCCAGAAUCUCCUCGCUGGCUGCUGCUGAAGAGGAAGACAGAUGUGUUGGAUCGUUACCGUGACAACAGCCCUGCAGACGAACAGUGUCUCACUCUGCUGCUGUCGUGCUCUGACCUGCAAAGCGCUCAGAAGGAGGAGCCACCCACUGGCCCCUCCCCCAGUGACAUCGUCCACCUGCGACACCCGACCAUCCUGGUGCGACUGUUCAUCAUGAGCUACCUGAGCGCGGCGUCAGCGCUCACAUACUUCGGCAUCUGCAUGAACAUCAGCUCGUUCGGCGUGGGCGUUUACUCCGCCCACUUCUUCUCCGGCCUAUCAGAAGCUCCGUGUCUGCUCGUGCCACUGCUUAGGCUGGGACGACGGCCAAUCAGCAUGCUCGCUCUGUUCCUGAGCGGCUCCGCCUGCUUCCUGUCCUUACUUCUGUCCAGACACAACGGUGAAGCAGUUCUGGUGAUGAGUUUGGCUCUGCUGGGAAAACUCUGCAUCCUGGCAGCCAUCUUUAUUUCCACGCUCUACAGCAUCGAGCUCUUCCCCACCGUGGUCAGACAGCGCUGCAUGUCCCUGGUCAACAUGAGUUUCCGUCUCGGUUGCCUGGUCAACGCUCUGGUCCCGCCCACGGUGAACGGAGCGAUCUCAUUGGCCGCCAUGGUGGUGUACAGCAGUGGACCAAUCAUAGGCUGCGGUCUGUGUCUGCUGCUGCCUGAGACCAGUGACGGUCCACUUCCUGACUCAGUGGAGGACUGUGACAGACAGCCUUGGAUGAAAGCGCCCUCUGGUGGACAUGAUGAGAAACAAACGCAUGUAAUAUGACGUCACCUUCUUCAGCUUUGUUUCAAUGUCUCCUGUAGUUUUUGUUUUUUUAAAUAAAGUUAGCCCUGUGAUGAUUCAAA